AUGUCGAACCUCAACUCGUGGGAAGACGACCCAUCCGCCCAGGACGACAACCUGUCGCGCCAGGCCCAGCAGCAGCUCAAUCUCAACCAGCAGAACCCUCAAGCCGGCGCCUUCCGUCCAGGCGGCUCUUCCUUCACCCCUGGAGCCUCCUCUUUCACCCCAGGAGCCCAGGCUUUCCAGCCUGGCCAGCAAUACGGCGGCUAUCCCCAACAGUACCAGCAAUACUACGGCCAAGGUUACGGUGGUCCUGGCGCUGGUGGUGCAGGUGGCUUCCCUCAGUACGGCGGCCAGCAAGGAUACAACCAAUAUGGCCAGGGCAACUAUGGCGGUUACCCCCAACAGGGCUACCAGCAGCAGCAAGCCUACGGUCAAGGCUACCCCCAGUACGGCCAGCAGCAGCAACAGCAGCCCCAGGCUGCGGCACCUACCAUCGCCAAGCGUCCGACUGACGCCCCGUCCUCUGGCUCCAGCACUCCUGCUCCUGCAGCCGCAGCCGCACCUCAGCCCGCAGUGAAGAGUGAGGGAGGCGCCAAGGUUUUGAGCAUCGGCGGUGACGCCCCCAAGCCCAAGGCUAAGGUCCUCUCCAUCGGCGGCACCGUCCCCCCCAAGGAGGAAAAGAAGAAGGAGGAGGCUCCCAAGGAGACCUCAUCUGACGCCGCAGUCGAGGCCGGAGCCAAGGCAACCGCUUCCAAGGCGAUCGAGAAGACGGGAGCUUCUACCACUAAGUCUGGCAAGGCCUCUCCUGCUCCUUCGUCAGGCCGUUCCAGCCCCUCUGGACCUGAGAAGAAGGGAGUCACGAGAGAUGUCGAUGCCGUCCAAAAGGAGCAGACUGCCGAUGUCGACGAGGCGACUCUUAAGGAAAUCUACGGAAAGGAGCACGUCAACAUCAUCUUCAUCGGUCACGUCGAUGCUGGAAAGUCUACCUUGGGUGGCUCUAUCCUCUACAACACCGGCAUGGUCGACGAGCGGACAAUGGAGAAGUACAAGAAGGAGGCCAGGGAUAUCGGUAACCCUUCUUGGUACCUUUCAUGGGUCAUGGAUCUGAACAAGGAGGAGCGAUCACAGGGCAAGACCAUUGAGGUCGGUAGGGGUUACUUCGAGACGGACGUACGACGAUACAGCAUUCUCGACGCCCCUGGCCACAAGACGUACGUCCCCAACAUGAUUGGUGGUGCCUCCCAGGCAGAUGUCGGUAUCUUGGUCAUCUCGGCCCGUAAGGGAGAGUACGAGACCGGUUUCGAGCGUGGUGGCCAGACCCGUGAGCACGCUAUGCUUGCCAAGACUCAGGGUGUCAACAAGUUGAUUGUUGCCAUCAACAAGAUGGACGAUGCCACUGUCGAAUGGUCUCACGAGCGUUACACGGAGUGCACAACCAAGCUGUCCCAGUUCUUGAAGGGUACCGGCUACAACCUGAAGACGGACGUCUUCUUCAUUCCUGUUGCUGCCCAGCAAUCGAUUAACAUCAAGGAGAGAAUUGCCAAGGGUAUCGCCGACUGGUACGAGGGCCCUUCAUUGCUCGAGUACCUCGACGGUAUGAAGGCUCUUGAGCGCAAGGUCAACGCACCCUUCAUGAUGGCCGUUGCCGGCAAGUACCGCGAUCUCGGAACCAUGAUCGAGGGUAAGAUCGAGGCCGGUGUCAUCAAGAAGGGCAUGUCGCUCGUCAUGAUGCCCAACAAGCAAAACAUUGAUGUGUCUGCCGUGUACGGCGAGACUGAGGAGGAAGUGCAGGUUGCGCAGUGCGGUGACCAGGUCCGCAUCCGCCUCAGGGGCAUUGAAGAGGAAGACAUCAUGCCUGGAUUCGUCCUGUGCUCGCCCAAGCGCUUGGUGCACAACGUCCAGACUUUCGAGGCCCAGAUCCGCAUUCUGGAGCUCAAGAGCAUUUUGUCAGCAGGCUUCAACUGUGUGCUGCACGUCCACGCCGCCAUUGAAGAGGUAACCUUUGCCGCGCUGCUGCACAAGCUCCAGAAGGGCACAGGCCGCAAGAGCAAGCUGCCUCCUUCGCACGCGAAGAAGGGCGACAGCAUCAUUGCUCGUCUGCAAGUCAUUGGCGGUGCCGGGUCCGUGUGCAUUGAGAAGUUCGAAGACUACCCGCAAAUGGGUCGCUUCACCCUCAGAGAUCAGGGACAAACCAUUGCCAUUGGCAAGAUUACGAAGCUGAUUACGGAUGAGACAUCUUAA